GGAAAAUUUGGGAGUUGGAGGAUGCUGUGGGCUCAAAGCGAGCCAGGGCCUUUGGGAGCAAAGUUCAAUGCUGGGUUGAAUUUUCCACCCCAGGCCUGUUUUAUUUCAGAUCUCACAUCGAUUAGGGAAAUUGCUAUCUUUAAUACUGGACAGUGAAAGGGGAAAAAGAUGCCUUAGAAACUCUUGUAGAAAUUUAGAUUUUUAUAAAAUUUUGUUCAGGUUAAGGGAAUCAUGGAAAGUUUGUGCUGUAUUUUUUUUUUCCUUUAAUUUGUGUGUAGGGGUAGAGGUGUGGGUAUUAAAUCAGUGUUGGGACACUGGGAUGUGCUUUAAAGUAACUGCAAUAAAUCUCCCAGGGAAGUCAGUAGUGAGCGUUUGCAACUGCUGGCUGACACCCGUUUUGGGGUUUUAACCAAAUAUUCCCCAUUUUUCCUUAUUUCCUCCUUGGGCAGGGCUGGUUCUGGGGGGGCUCAGGCAGAGCUUUUCUCACCUCCAAAUUUCUCCCUCCCAGCUUCGCCAGGCAGAGUUGCAAAAAAUAAAAUAAUAAUAAUAAUAAAGACAAAGAAAACCAACCAAAACAAAACAAAACAAAACACCACCAAAACUAACUUUAUCCCCAAAAUCGUGCUCAGGGCUGGCUCCAGCCCUUCCCCACCCCCGCAUAUGGAGAGGGGAAGGGGAGUGGGCUAACACUACCUUCCCCCCCCCCGACUCCUCCUCCAGGGGGGAGGCAGCGGCGGCGGAGGGCGCGCAGGUAGCACCGGGAUGCUCAGGGUGCACAGAGCCAUGGCCCCCGGACUGUACCUGGCACUGUUGCCCUGAAACCGGGUAUCAGCGAUGGAGUCUGCCCAGGUGCCCGAGGCAUUCGAAGAGGUAAUAGUAAUUGCCACGGAUAAGCAAUGGUCUCUAGCAACCCCCCUGCAGAGAAAUCAGGCGCCUGUGCUCGAGCCAGCGUACAGCCCUGGGCUGCUCAUUCAUCUGGAGCAAGGGGAAGAGGCUUGGAUCCCCGACAUCGAGACCUCUGAGGAUGAAGAACCGGUGAGACCCCUCCUGAGGCUGUGGGCGAGGAAGAGGAAGCGGUGGAAAAGCUGCCGAGAUGCAGCAAGUUCCUCCGGCUCCAAUUCAUCCUACUCAGGGGAUGGGUUGACAAGUGAGACGGAGGACAGUUCACAGGAGGAAGAGGGAGAGUGGGUGGAACUGCGUGGCGAGACCAUGAGGAAUCCCAAAGAUGGUACCUCCCUGGGUUACGAGCACCACAAGAGCCACUCAGGACGGAGAUUGGCUUCCUCCAGCCACAACGGGAGGAAGCAUCCACACAAGAGCUCAUCGAGGAUAGAGCUAGGGCAACACAAGCACGCGUGCAGGAAGUGUGGGAAGAGCUUCAGCCGUGGCUCAUCUCUCAACCGGCACCAGAGGGUCCAUGUGGGGGAGAAGCCUUUCGCGUGCUGCAGGUGUGGGAGAAGUUUUGUGUGCAGCUCCAGCCUCAAAGACCACCUGAAAAACCCCUGCCAGGAGAAACCCUACAAGUGCCCCAAGUGCGAGAAGCGCUUUGUGUCCAGCAGCUCUCUCCAGAAGCAUUGCAAGCUCCACCACGAGAGCAACGUGUACCAAUGCUCUGAGUGUGGGAAAAACCUCACUUCCAACUCCGCUCUUCUCAUCCACCGCAGGAUACACACCGGCGAGAGGCCCUACAAAUGCCCAGAGUGUGGGAAGUGCUUCAUGGCCAACAAGUCGCUUAGCAAGCACCGCAAGAGCCACACAGAGGAUGGGAUCUUUGUCUGUCCAGACUGCGGGAAAAAACUCACUUCCAAUUCAACUCUCAUCAUCCACCGGCGCAUACACACGGGUGAGAGGCCCUAUGAGUGCCCCGAGUGUGGGAAGCGCUUCAUGGCCAACAAGUCGCUCAGCAAGCAUCGCAAGAGCCACCUGGAGGAGGGGACCUAUAAAUGUCCCCAGUGCAGGGAAAGCUUUACAAAGAACUCAGCCUACGUAGCCCAUCUCAGGACCCACCAGGGUCAGCCCUCUUAUCGCUGCUCCGACUGUGGGGAAGCCUUCUUUGAAAGCUCGGCGUUCAACCAACACCAGAAAAAGCACUUGGUAGGGAAACGCUAUCAGUGCCCUGACUGCGGGAUGGGUUUCACUCUUCCCUCAGCCCUCCUCCUCCACCAGAAAAGCCAUGUGGGGCCCAGGCCCCAUGUCUGCUCCGACUGCGGGAAAGCCUUUCGGGAGACCACGUCCCUCCGCAGGCACCAGCGCAUCCACACGGGUGAAAAGCCCUACCAAUGCUCAUACUGUGAGAAAAGCUUUCGGGCCAGCUCCACCCUCAUCAUCCACCAGAGGAUCCACACUGGGGAGAAACCCUACAAAUGCACCAAAUGCACCAAGUGCUUCAUGUCCAGCUCUUCCCUCAUGAAGCACCUGCGGACACACCUCCGGAAGGAGCUGCACAGUGAGUGAGUUGGUUUGGCCCAGCCCUUUCCUGGGGGCCUUCGGGUCUCCAUCCCCACAACAUCGCAGCUCCUCCACAUCCCAUCCAUCUUAUCAAGGAUAAAAACUUGAGUUUCACUGCUGCUUGUGCCUUCAACUUUUACUAUUCCUCCCAAACAACCCUCUGAAGAUUACAUCUGUGAAUUAAGGAGGACCGGGCAUGCAGCUGUUGGUCAUGGCACAGCUUCUCGUAGUGCUUAGGGAACAUGGUGGUCAGUCAGUUCCCAGUCCCAGUGGAUGACUUUGGGGAUGUUGGGAGCCCAGUGGGAUGGAGGAUGAUGGGGUUUUGGAGAUGGUGGGACCCCACUGGGAUGAAGGUGAACGGGGUUUGUGGUGGUGGAUCUCCACUGGAGUGGAGGACAAUGGAAUUUUGGGAGAUGGGACCUUGCUGGGAGGAAGGAAGAUGGGUUUGGGGAUGGUAGGGUCUCAGUAGGAUAAGAGAUGAGGGUUUUUUGAAUAGUUAGACCCCACAUGGAUGGAGAUGGAUGAUGGGGUUUGCGGACCACUGCUACUGAAUGCGGUGUCUUCCAAAUGCAUUUCCUCCCCCAGUUUCCCCACUGUGUCUGCUCUUGAUUUUAAUGCUGCAAUGUUUAGAAUAAAUUUCCCAAUGAAUUUGG